CGGUUGUCGAAGUUCCCGUCGCAUACCAAAAUGACGCUGUCACGGGUCAAAGCCCCACAAUACUACUACGAUCUACUCAUGUCGUCUGCUUUCAUUCGUACUUUGAAUGCGUGAUGUAAUGGCGAGAAUGGAGCCAUUAGAUCUUUCUGACUUGGGGGAGGGGACGUUUUCGAGUUACCAAGAGACUGUGAGAGGGCGAGCAAAUGAAUCUCUGCAGGAACUCAAGCACACUUUCACCACUCCUUUCCCGGGACCGCAGUCUCUGAAGCCGCCCCUGUCUACCAGCCCCAGGCAUCAGUCAACUACCCCUCGGUCCAGCCGUGAAUCGCUGCGACUGACCAGGAGGGAUCACCAAGGUGCUGUCGACAGACUCAAAUCGCUGCUGCAGCAACACCAGCAAAACCAGAUGCCACGUCAACACAGUCGCCAUGACGAUGCAUUCCAGCAAAAUGCAUCUACACGUACUCCUGGGAUCAGGCCAAAGCUAGAUAUGCAGAGUAGGUCAACACAUGCAGGUCCCGCAGCCUCUGCUGGAAUAGGAGCUACGUCACCCAUGAUGAGUGAGAAUGAACCAAGACUUGAAGACGUCUUACCAUUCAUGAUCAGCCAAAGUGCUUACAUACAGCAGCUUGAAGGAGAAAAUGCCUUCUGUAAGGAUGAGCUGGCAUCCUUGAGAGUCAAGAUUCAGAGUGUUGUGGAUGACAACAUCCAACUUCACGAGGAGCUGAAGACGUCAGUUGUCAAACUUGCCUUAGAUGAAGGAAAGGCUGAUCAGGGUCAUGAAGAAGCCAAAAAGGAUGCUGCUGUCUUGACUGCCGAUCCAUUGAAUAUCACUCCAGAGACACAGGCAAACAGGAAUACCUUCAGCAGAAUGGCACAGGAAUUGGAACAGAUGAAAGCUCUCCAUGAAGCCAAAACAAACCGACUUGAAGCACAGCUGUCCUACACGAGGUCAGAGCUUGAGAAAUACGAGCGGCAGUGUGACGAGCUGCGCUCUAAGCUCCGGAUGGCAGAGUCCAUCAAUCUGAUGUCGAGGGAGGAGACUCAGUUGGAGAAUGGUCUUUGCGUCAAGUGUGCCCAACACGAAGCAGUCAUUGCAUCCACGCAUGGCAGUGCUCACGUCAAGGCAAUGGAGAGAAUCACGAGUGAGCGCGAUGAAUUGAUGGAAACGUUGACAAGACUGAGGGCAUCAACGAAUGAUUUGAGACAGAGAGAAUUGAAUGCUUACAAUCAAGUCAAGCAGAGUGUUACCAUGGUGGAACAAGCGCAGCUGGAGAAGACUGAGCUCCUUGUCCAGAGAGAGCAGCUAAGGGACGACCAGGCUCGUCUGCAGCAGAGGAUGGAGGAGACGAUCCUGGAGCAUCAACGCAAACUGCUCCAAGAACGAGAACUCACCAGGAAGGAAUGCCAACAUGAAAUGGAACAACUCAGCCAAAAGAUUACGAAAUUGACAGAGGAUCUGGGGUCCUCACAGAACCAGUUAGACCGAGUCACAAGAGAGAAAGUGGCCGUCCAAUCGGAGAUGGAACAGUAUAAAAGCCAGAUCAUGCAACAUAGCAGUGAAAUCAGUCAGGUAUCUCAUGGUGUGCAGCUGUCGACAGCCACUGCUAAGGUGCAGAGAGACGAAGCGUUAAGACAGCUGGAGAGGCUAAGGCACUCUACCGAGCACGAACUCAGGGAUAAGGAGCAUGAAAAUGUUCGUUUGAACAAUGUAUUAAUGGAAACGAGAAGACGGUUAGAAACGGCUGAGAAAGAAGCAACUGUCAGCCGGGAGGAGUGUAUCAAACUGACCGAGAGCCUCAACUCAGCUGAGAGAGAGGUGAGCCAAGCCAAGAUGGCAAGAGGAAACCUGGAGAAGACUCGCCAAGACGAAGUGAAGACAGUGACACGCAGAGCGCAGCAACGAGAGAUGGACCUGCAGCAGAUUAUACAUGAGUUAGAAUCUAAACACACUUUAACAGUGGCAGAAUUGGAGGACAUGAUAGCCAGCCAGAGCACUCUUAUCAGUAAACUCAGAGAUGAGGGCAGGACACUCACUGAACAGUUGGACCAACUCAGCAACAAGUACAGGACUGAAAUCCGAAGGUUGAAGCAGACUAACGCCGAGAUGUCUGCCAGGCUGGAGAGACUGACUAAUCAGCAUGCCGAGAUGGAAACCCAGUGCGUCGAUCACGGCAGGAUGCACAAGAAGAUGACCAAUAAACUACAGCAGAUGGAGGAUCACGCUCAGAGAAGUGCACAGCAGAUUUAUGAGCUUCUGGAAAAGCAGACCAACCUGAUGCAAGAGAGACAGAUGUUGAGCCAAGAGGUCGAUUUCCUACGAUCUCAGCAGAAGAGCUCCUCACUGUUGAGCUCUCGGCACGCACCGUCUGAUCUGGACUUGACGCCGGAGCUCGAUGUGAACCUCCCUGGCAGAGGAGGGAACGGAUGACCAUAGUAGAAGGUGCACGGCGUGCUCUCCAAAUAGUUUUAUUUUUACAUCAAUCAGCAUUUACAUUCCAAGGAAUCAGUGCAGAGACCAUCCACAUUUCAACCAGCUUGGAUCGGCUCUGUGAUAGUCAAGAACAGUCGAACAUUGAACUUUGGAACUAACCUACCAACAGUGGGUCUCGUUCAUCAUUAGUAAUGAUGGCCAUGCAUAUGUAGCAGGCCACAGGAGAGAGCAAGACCUACGAGAUCUGUGACGACAUUUGACCCCAUUCAGACAAGCAUCUUGUUGAAUGUGAAUUCACAGCUGAAGCGCACGUUACCACCAAUCAGCCACCUGUUAACCCAUGAUUCUUGCUUGAACCUGUUGACUUUCACAAAGCUCCUCUUCACUGUUGUCUUUGUACUGCAUAUUCCCCAGAUUUUUUUUUGAAAUUUGAACAGGGAAAGAUUUCAGUUAUCUGAAAUUUACAUCGUGCCAAAUGCAGGUUGUUAAAAAUACUCGUGGUAGUUUUAAAGUUAAAUAAUUGUCUUAAAAAUGAUUCUUUAAAAAAGCUACACACAAAAAUUAAAAUAGAAGUGGCAAGAUUUAUACUAACUUCAUUAAUCCUUGUUCGUUCGUUUACUUACCCGUCAAACCGGCUUCUAAAAAUGCCUUACGGUCUCUAACUUAACGGGUUCCCAUACUUAUCACAUCACAUCAGUAGCAUUUAGCACAGCAGGGAUUAGUUGUUUUCUAUAUUUCACCUAAAACAACAAUUGUUUGCUGAAAUCAUUCAGUUUUUUUCUCAAGGUUUACUUGAAAGAGCAGGUAAUUGAAAUGGGUUUAUUAUAGGUUAAUGGCUGAGUCUAUAUUAACAGAGAUUUCACCAUAGAAUCCUAUUGCUUCUAGUCUUAUGCAAGAUAAUUUUGGGUUUUUCAACUUCAAAACUACUGGGAGUAUUUUUAACCAUGUAAAAAAUAGAACAAUUUCACUUGGAAUGUUGCAAAAUUUACUACUAAGCAACAAAUUCUUUUCUUAAUGAAGAGACCAGACAGGUGGUUUUUUACCAAAUUUUUAUCAAUUAUUUAUUGUAUAUUUGGAAACUCAAUUUUUCUUGAGCAGGUUUUUGCAAUAAAUUGCUGUUUACUCAUCGUGAA